CACGGCGGGUUGUGAUACAGCCUGGAAUCAAACCAGGGUCUGUAGUGACGUCUCUAGCACUGAGAUGCAGUGCCUUUAGACCGCUGAGCCACUCGGGCGAAACAGUUGUAAGGGGAGUACUAUACAUUUGUCUAACAAUCCUGCUUGGUGGAAGUGUCAACGUCAUCCUCCAGAAGGCUCCCUUCUGAUUGGUGAAUGGCUAGUUAGGGUGUGGUUAAAGUGCAUAUAACUGUAUGCUAUUGCUUUGGGGCUCUUCUGUUGGUUGUUGCUUCUAGUUGGGACCUUGUGUCAUCUAUCCAGUUAGGUCAGGACUCAGGAACAGUGUCAAUUAUCUAGCGUGCUGUUGGCUAAACUAAACUUUCCUAUGCAUGACUGCCUCAGUGUCCACUCUCCUAUUAGUUGAGUUGACUAAGAUACCCUUCAGUCCCUCAGUUUUAGCCUAAUCCUCCUGGCCUCGUACCCAUCAGAGGGACACUCAUUUCCUACUCCUUCCCAAGAGAUGUCUUCCCAAGCUUCUCUCCGACCUGCGGUGGUCCUGUCACUGGUUCUGGUUGUGUGGGCUCUGACAGGGCUGACCCAUGCCCAGCCCAAGGCUUCUGUCCUGGACUUCUCAGCCAGCCUGGGUAACCUCCUCCCAAGCCUCAGCCGACCAGCCAACUCCAGCCGGAUCUUCUAUGGGGUAAUGUUUGACGCUGGCAGCACUGGCACACGCAUCCAUGUCUAUACCUUCAUACAGAAAGACCCUGAGGAGUUACCAGUGUUGGAUAAUGAGAUGUUCCAUUCCAUCAAGCCUGGUCUGUCAGCAUAUGCAGACAUGCCUGAAAUGGGUGGGUACACAGUGAGGCAGCUUCUGAAAGUGGCUAAGAAAACCGUCCCCCGGCUGGAAUGGAGGAGAACCCCGCUGGUCUUGAAAGCUACAGCAGGACUCAGGCUGCUGCCCUCAGAGAAAGCCCAGGCUCUACUGGAACAGGUGCAGGAUGUUUUUGAUGAAUCUCCCUUCUUCGUCCCAGACGAUAGCGUCAGCAUAAUGAAUGGUACAAAUGAAGGAAUCUUGGCGUGGGUUACUGUGAACUUUUUGACAGGUCACCUGUAUGCUGAGACCAGGAAGACAGUGGGGAUACUGGAUCUGGGGGGAGGAUCGACUCAAAUCACUUUUCUUCCUAAAUCCAAGAAAACCAUUGGAAGUUCUCCUGAUGACUACAUUGCCAGAAUUGACAUGUUCAACUCGACAUAUGAACUCUACACUCACAGCUACCUGGGUAAUGGACUGAUGGCAGCUAGACUGGCAGCCCUAGGAGCACUGGGGGCAGACGGGUUAGAGUGGAGAGUGUUCAAAAGCUCCUGCCUGCCUAAGAAGUUCAGAGAGGAGUGGAGCUUUGGAGGACUCACCUACAUAGUCAGUGGGAUACCUGAUGGUUAUGUGGGAUACAAGCUAUGUUACCAGGAGGUGUUGAAGGUGGUAAAGGGAAUAGUUCACCAGCCCUAUGAGUUGAAAGACACCAGUGUGUUCUACGCUUUCUCCUAUUACUUUGACCGAGCCGUGGAUGCAGGCCUUAUUGACAGGACCCAAGGAGGGAUGCUGGAGGUCAGGGACUUCAAGAAGAGAGCUAAAGAGGUGUGUAACAAGAUGUCUAAGUACCGUCCAAUCAGCCCCUUCCUGUGUAUGGACAUGACCUACAUCACCUGUCUGCUCAAAGACGGCUUUGGCUUCAAGGAGAACACUGUACUGCAGCUGACUAAGAAAGUCAACAACGUGGAGACAAGCUGGGCUUUAGGUGCCACGUUCAACCACUUCCAGAACCUAAAGAUCCACAGAUAGACAAGGAGCCACGGGUCUGGGUGGGCAGGAGGGGAAAACCACUGGAUUAGA